GGAGUUUGGGUGCUGUUUCUCGCACCCAGUGUUCCGUCUGGAACUCCCUGCUCUUUCUGGGAAGUGUAUAUUUUCUCUGCUCUGGCUCUAGCUGCAAAUACGCCGCUUCGUUCUCGCUGAUCCGGAUGCGGAAGGUGAAAUGAGUUCGGACGUGGAGCAGGUCCUGGAAGCUGCUGAUUUUGCAGCAAACAAGCACAAAAAUCAACGGCGUAAAGACCCAGAGGGGACCCCCUACAUCAAUCACCCGCUGGGUGUUGCCCGAAUUUUGGCCCACGAAGCUGGAAUUACAGAUGUGGUUGUCUUACAGGCCGCACUUCUGCACGACACUGUUGAAGAUACGGACACUACGUUUACAGAGAUUGCAGAGAGGUUUGGAGAGAAGGUGAGGAGUAUUGUUGCUGAAGUGACAGACGAUAAGUCUCUAUCAAAGGAGAAACGGAAGGAGUUACAGAUCCAACAUGCCCCUCACUGCAGCUACGAAGCUAAACUAGUGAAACUGGCAGAUAAACUGUACAACCUGAGGGAUCUCAAACGCUGCACUCCAGCAGGAUGGACAGAGAAACGCGUUGAACAAUAUUUCAUCUGGGCUUCCCAAGUGGUUGCUGGACUUCGAGGAACGAAUCAGAUCCUUGAAAAGAGCCUGGAUGCACUUUUCAAAGAAAGAAAUAUUCUUACUGGAUAAUGAGGUUUUGUUUGAAAUUGAUUACAUUUUAAGAUAGAAGAUCGUGCAGUACUUUACCAUUAGGUCUAUCAUUGUGGAAUGAAGUUUUAAAUGACAAGAUAAUAAUCUCUAAAUUUAAAUAUUCAAGAAUGUCCUUGAUGAUCAGAUUGAAUGAAUAUAUCAAUGCUGCUCAUUUACCUUGUGCUGUGAAUCCCUCCCUGUUUUAUUGUCUUUAAAAUAAAACAUUUUUGUUCUGUGGGUUA